AUGACUCCAAAAUUACUGUUCUUCCCUCUCCUUCUACUACUCUGUCUCCAAUUCUCCUCUUCCACCGCCCAAAUCCGACCAAACAUCAGCUUAGGCUCCGGCAUCACCGCCGGCACCAACGACACGUGGCGCUCCCUCAACGGCGACUUCGCCUUCGGCUUCUUCCCGCUCCCCACCAACUCAUCCCUCUACCUCCUGGCCAUCUGGUUCGACCGAAUCCCAUCCCCAACCCUAACCUGGUCGGCCAACCGCGACUCCCCUGCCCCAGCCGGUUCAACCAUCCGUCUCUCCUUCGCCGGCCAGCUCUUCCUCACCUACACCAACGGCACCAUCCUCUCGAUCUACGCCGGAGAAGCCGCGGCCUUGGGGUUCAUGCAGGACAACGGCAACUUCGUCCUCAGAGACGGCAGUUCCAGGGUGCUGUGGCAGAGCUUCGACUACCCGACCGAUACGAUCCUGCCCACCCAAACCCUGACCGGCGGGAAGAAGCUGUAUUCUAAUAAACGAGCAGGGAAUUCGGCCGAUUACUCGACUGGAAGGUUUAUGCUGGAGAUGCAAUUCGAUGGGAAUUUGGUGCUUUCGGCUUACCAUUUUUCCGAUCCUGGGUAUUGGUACACUGGGACUCUGUUCAGCAAUGUCAGCUUGGUGUUCAAUCAGAGUGCCUUCUUGCAACUCGUUAAUGGCAGUAACCACAACAUCUAUUCUUUGACCAGAAAUCUCUCAGCUGAUCAUGUUGAUUACUACCAUCGAGCCACGAUCGACGAUCAAGGCAACCUCCAGCAAUACAUUCACCCGAAGACGAUGGAUACUACGACCGGUUGGGUAAGCAUUUGGAAGGCGAUCGACGAGCCUUGCACAGUCAAUGCCAUAUGUGGAGUCUACGGAAUGUGCAAUUCUCCCGACAAUCGAACGGCCUCCUGCGAAUGCAUCCCGGGUUACAUCCCAUUGAACCCCGACGACUUGUCUGAAGGCUGUCGCCCCGAGAGGGUGCUCAAUUACUGCGCGGAUGAUCAUGUCGUAAAUGGGUCCAAUACGAUGACGAAUUUCACGGUCGUGGUGAUCGACAACGCGGAUUUCCCAUUCGAGAGCUUCGCGGAUUUGGCUCGAGUGAGAAAUGUGGACGAGGAAGGUUGUCGGAGGGCACUGAUGGAGGAUUGCUACAGCCAGGCAGCGGCAUUGGUGGACUCCAGGUGCAUUAAGAAGAGGAUGCCCCUGUUGAACGCGAGGAGGAAUACUUCUUCUACUAGAGGAAUUAAGGCGCUGGUGAAAGUGCCGGUGAAGGUGGACGAUCGUGAAAUUGGGACAACGGGGAAGAGGGAGAAGAAGAGAGUUGAUGUUCGGAAGUUGCUUUUGGCUGGUUUGAUUGUUAGUGCUGCAUUUGCUCUGUUUGCUCUGUUUUGGGCUCUGUAUUAUCAUCCUAUGGUGAGAAAGAUUGUGAAGAAGAGGAAGCGUUCGAGCGGGAACGCGAUUGGGAUCACUUUCAGGCAGUUUGCGUAUCAAGAGCUCGAGGAGGCGACCAGAGGGUUUAGCAAGUUGAUUGGGAGAGGGUCGUCUGCCAGUGUUUACAGUGGGAUCUUGACAUUGAAAGAUUUGCAGAUUGACAUCGCAGUGAAGAAGUUAGAGGCAGAAAUAGAAAAGAGUGAUAAGGAGUUCACUACCGAGCUCAAGGUGAUAGGUCGGACGCACCAUAAGAACUUGGUCAGAUUGUUAGGAUUUUGCAUUGAGAAUGAUCAGCGGUUGCUGGUUUAUGAACUACUGGAAAACGGGACACUAUCCGAACAUCUAUUCGAUGCGAAAGAAAAGCCGUGUUGGAGCUUGAGAGCCGAAAUGGGGCUCGGAAUCGCUCAAGGGUUAUUGUACCUCCACGAUGAAUGUGCUCAACAGAUCAUUCAUUGCGACAUCAAGCCCCAGAAUGUGCUCCUCGAUGACAAUUAUUCGGUCAAAAUCGCCGAUUUUGGGCUGUCCAAACUCUUGAACAAGGAGCAAACGAGAACAAACACGCAUGCCAGAGGGACUGUAGGUUACAUUGCGCCGGAGUGGCUGCGAAACGCACCCAUUACAUCCAAGGUUGACAUCUAUAGCUUUGGCGUGUUAUUGCUGGAGAUCAUAUGUUGCAGGAGGCACAUUGAGCAACACAGGGUUGAGGAAGAGAGCGAGGAGGAGGAUUUGCUUCUUUCGGAUUGGGUUUUGGGUUGUGUGAUCGAUGGGAAGUUGGGGGCCUUGGUGGAUAAUGAUCCUGAAGUUGUGAGUGACAUCCAAAGGUUUGAGAGAUUUGCAUUGGUGGGACUAUGGUGUACUCACCCUGACCCGUUUUUCAGGCCUUUUAUGAGGAAUGUUGUGCAGAUGUUGGAAGGGACGGUAGAUGUUUGUGUCCCGCCUCAACUUUAUGAUAGAUUAUCUACCUAUCAAAAUCCGUAG